UAAUGUGAAACUCAACAGAAAAAAGUUCUCUGGCAUCGGAGGUUAUUCCUCUUCAGUUGAAUCGAAAGUAGUGAACCAAUAAAAAUGUAAUCCAGUCACAAUUCAAGGCAAAACAGGAUUAAACGAAUUGCAAGAUGGCUUCCAAUGUGCUGGAGGAAGAUGCAAUCCAGUCGAAAAUAGUCUACAAUAAACAGAAGUCAGACACCGACAUGGUUUCCAUAUCUGUUCCGGGAUGUGGCUUCAAACCCGUCCAAGCGAGUCCAGUGCCGGGACAAGGAGAGGAUGAAGAGGGAUCAUGUGACCUGGAGUUCAUGGACAACAGUUGUGAUGGAGAAGGUGCCAUUAAACAGGCCAAUAGUGAGGAAAGUCUGGGCAGUAAUAGCGAAAAAGUCCAUACUGAUGUCACAAGAACGCCUCUUGCUCUGAAAUCAAAACCGAUUACUAUAUCACUUCAAAGACCGUCUAUGUCGAAUGAUUUGAACACAGUUACCAUCCCAACUAAAGAAACCUUGAACCCUCUCCAAUCGGAGUCUGGUGGCGUUGACGAAUAUCGGUCACAAACUAAAUUCAAAAAGUAUGUGUCCAAUUUCCGUGAAAACAACUCGGAUCGGUCAAUUAAUGUGGGGAAAAGUGAGUUGGCAGUCUCCUCAGAGAAGUUUUUUGCGAAUCUGGAAUUGCCUGUGUGUGCACCUCUGAGUAGCUCUGUGCCAACUUCGUCAUAUGGAGAUCAGGAAGAUGUGGACCAGGAGCUGAUGCAGUACACGAGUGCAAUUGACGAUACUGGCCAACUACAGACUCGGCGAAACCUCGAGAUAGCAGCCCGCACUCUGCGAAACGCACAGCACAACCUAACUUCUCAAAUCCCAAUGGACCCAUCAGGCAUCACCAAGGAGCUCUCACCUGGCGACAGGGCUGUCAAUUUAGAUCCCUCGUCAUCAGCUGCUGGGGCGCUGGUGGCAGCGACAGGCUCUGGCUCCAACAUCCCGAGUCCUGUUGGAAACUCUGUUGGAAGUAGUCUGCCCCCAAGUGCUCCCCUUUCGAGGGCCAGUUCGAGGAGUGAUGCGGACGGAAUCACAGACGAGGAUGAGAUAGACGAGAUCCCCGCUAUAUCACUUGGCAUCUGUGCCAUGCAGAAGAAGACGGACUCGAAGCCCAUGAAGCAGAUCUUGACUAGACUCAAGGUGUUCGACUACCUCAACAUCGUCAUAUUCCAGGAAGAUGUCAUUCUGAAUGAGCCGGUAGACAAGUGGCCAGUAGUGGACUGUCUAAUCUCGUUCUUCUCAACUGACUUUCCACUGGACAAAGCGAUAGAAUACGUCAAACUCAGACAGCCAUUCUGCCUCAACGACCUCACAAUGCAGAAAGUACUCUUCGAUCGCCGAGAAGUGUACAAGAUUCUGCAGAAAGAAGGUCUUCCAGUUCCAAGGUACGCAGUCUUGGACAGGCGGGAUCCGAACUUCUCCGAUGAUCAGGUGGUAGAGGACGAUGACCAGAUCACAAUAAAUGGAAAGGUGUUCAAGAAGCCAUUUGUUGAGAAGCCAAUGGAUGCAGAGGAUCACAACGUCACUAUAUAUUUCCAGAGUUCAGCUGGGGGAGGCUGUCAACGUCUAUUCAGGAAGAUUGGCAGUGUGAGCAGCACUUACUCCUCAGACAGCACAGUACGCAAACAAGGCUCCUAUAUCUACGAGGAGUUCAAACCAACAGACGGAUGUGAUGUCAAAGUGUACGCUGUGGGGUCCGAGUAUGCUCACGCGGAGGCACGCAAGGCCCCCGGUCUGGACGGGAGAGUGGAGAGGGAUACGAACGGGAAGGAAGUGCGAUACCCUGUGCUACUGUCCCAUUUUGAAAAGUUCAUUGCUCGCACAAUUUCACUGGCCUUCAAACAAACUGUGUGUGGCUUCGACUUGUUGCGCGCGAAUGGAAAGUCAUUCAUUUGUGAUGUGAAUGGGUUUAGUUUUGUCAAGAACAACUCAAAGUACUACGAUGACUGUGCCAAGAUCAUCAGCACAAUUUUGCUGAAGCACAUGGCGCCUGACUUCAACAUCCCCCUGCACCUGACAGUGUUAAACGAGGAAAUCCCGGUGGUGCCCACUACAAGGGGAACUAUGAUGGAACUGAGGUGUGUGAUAGGAGUUAUACGUCAUGGCGACCGACAACCCAAGCAGAAGAUGAAGAUGGAGGUGUUCCACCAGUCGUUCUUCGACCUGUUUGCUAAGUUCGGCGGUUCGUUCACUGUGGCGACUAAGAGUAAGAUCAAACUAAAGCAGCCGAGGGAGCUGCAGGCCAUCCUGGACACAGUACUCAGUCUUCUGGAGGCCUCCGAGAACAAGGACUCCGAACUGAAGGAGAAUCUGCACAAGCUGGAACAGCUCAAGAGCGUGCUUCAAAUGUAUGGCUACUUCUCAGGCAUCAACAGGAAGGUCCAGAUGAAGUGUCUCAAAAACAAACCAAAAGCAUCAUCAAGUGAAGAUGAGCGCACGGUGAACCAGCAGUCGAUCCUGUUAAUUGCCAAAUGGGGAGGGGAGUUGACUCCGCUGGGAAGAGUGCACGCGGAGGCAUUGGGUAAAGCAUUUCGCUGCAUGUACCCUGGAGGCUCUUCCUACAAUGACGAUGGAUCUGGUUUGUUGAGACUGCACUCCACCUUCAGACAUGACCUCAAGAUCUACGCUUCGGAUGAGGGAAGAGUUCAAAUGACGGCAGCUGCCUUUGCUAAGGGCUUACUAGCACUAGAUGGGGAGUUGACACCUAUUCUAGUGCACAUGGUGAAAUGUGCAAAGACGAAUGCACUGCUGGAUCACGACGAGUCCACAGACGAAGCAGGAGACCCGAUCGCUUCACAGGAAGAUAUCAAGGUCAAACUGAAGAGACUGUUUGGUAAAGACGAGAAAUUCACUGCAGAAGACGCCGAGGCGCUGGCGCCCACAGGUAGCCAUUCUUUACGGAAUUCAAUUGAGGUGAUCGGCAACCCAGUGCAGCUAUGUGAGAGUGUAUACCAAAUGAUUCAGAAGGUUGCCGCCCAGAUCAGGCACUGGGCAGUUGUGCCAAACAAAUUCCAGAACUUGACACUAUACAACAGUGAGUCGUUUGAAAUGAUGGCACGCAGGUGGAGUAAACUGGAGAAGGACUUUAAGACGCGCUGUUCAGACAAGCACCACAACGUCCACUGUAUCCCGGGGGGUAGUGGGGGAGGGGAAGUGGAGUACAUGUUCGACAUCUCCAAGAUUCCAGACAUCUACGACUGCAUCAAAUACGACGCACUCCACAACUCACACCUCCCCCUUCCAUGUCAGAAUGAGUUGUAUGCUGCGUCCAAGGCACUCGCUGACGUUAUCGUUCCCCAGGAGUACGGGAUGACGGCAAAUGAGAAGUUCAAGAUAGCGUUGAAGCUGUGCACUCCUCUGCUGCGAAAGAUCAGGUGUGAUUUGCAGAGAAAUCUCGACCAAUCGGCCUACAGACUGCAUCCAAAGUACUCUGAGAACAUUUUGACGCCCAACAGACAAGUGCGCACCAGACUCUACUUCACGAGUGAGAGCCACAUCCACUCACUCGUGAACAUCAUCCGCUAUGGGGGACUGUUCCCGGAUCCGGACAAGGAGUGGGCGGCCGCAGACAAGUACCUGUCCACUGUCACUGAACUUAACUACCUCUCCCAUUUAGUUUUUCUUCUAUACGAGGAUCCAACCAAAGAUCUGAAAUCGGAGGAGCGCUACAAAUUGGAAGUGCAAUUUAGUCCAGGCAUCCGAUAUUGGGAAGAGACCAGUUCGUACCCUAUUGGAUCCAAGUUCUAUCCAAAGUCACCGCCCAAUAUCCACGAGACCUCUGCGAAAGAGAUCCUGAGCUACUCCUCGUCUGCAAAAACGCACACAUCGGCUCCAGCGAGCAGUAAGAAACACGCUAUACACACCCUUAAAGUGACUCCGGCUGCCGGGUCAUCCUCCACUUCAGAUCUGACCAACAUCCAGCAAAGAGGUCGCCACAGAUCUGUUGAGAACCUGCAACGCAGAAGCAGCAGUGGUAAUUCCAACGGCACAACAGUUAGAGUGGGGGCUUCUGAUGCUGCGGGGGCGGCUGCGCCACAGAAACCCUCACCAGGGCAUGUCAGUAGUGCAAAUGCACCGGCUUCAACCUCUACAAAACGAACUGUGACGAAGAACACUACUAGGAAGAAAGAUGGCGCCAAGACUGUCGCAGGUCGCAAUCUAGCAAAAAACGCUCGAGCAGCUGCCACAGGUUGUCCAAAUGAUUCAUCCAAAGGCUCCUCCUCGGGUGCUGUAAGUAGUAGCAGAGGCAGCGGAGCCUCCAAAGCCGCCAGCAGCAGUCAGUGUGCUGUGAAUAAAGUGUACCCCCCUACAAUGGUUUGUUUCAAAAUCGCCUUUUUGUCUGGAAACGUGAAUUCGGGCAGUGCUCCCAAUCUGAGCUCAAUAUACCAAGAGAAAAUGAGGAGAGAGAACAUGCUGCCCACGGCAAUAAUAACUUCCAAGCUACUCAAAGACUUCUGCCCCGUGGAAGUUCUACACAAUAAUCUCAACGUUGGUCAGCUAGAGAGGUUUCUUGACCACGUGACUGAAAAUAGAGAGGGAGUGAAGACGCCGCCCAUGUUCCCCCACUCACAAGUGGGUAUCGUAGCAGGGGGCAGGUCAGAGACGAUAAUCGAAGAAACGGACUCUAAAAUUAGAGAGUUCUGUGGCGGGGAACACGAAGAAACCACGAAAGUAAAUCCAAGUCCCCUGCCCAAAUUAAACUGAUCUAUGGGAAAUUAGUUGUCAAAUUUGUAUUCUGUUUCGUAUCAAAUUAUGAAUUAACUUUAUUUUGCGAAUA